AUGGUAAUUUUGGCUCUCCCAUCUUCACUGGAAAAUUUUGAAGGGCGAGUGAAUCAUACUGCAGUUGCUGGGCAGUCUGAAACUAUAGUAUUCGUUUCGCCGUUAGGAAGCGAGCGUUAUAAAGCUAAUAUUACUGCUUGUUUAAAGGGGAUUGCUGAAAACCUAGAAGCUGUACCUUCGCCUUCACAAAAAACUCUGGGCUUUAAUUUCUUACAUAGUUACUUUGUAGUCUCUGCAGGUGAAGCUUAUAUUGCGAAAGUAGGGGGACUUCUUGAGCGGGCUCAUAUCAUUCGUAGACCAACACCAACAAGAUUUCAGAUUUAUUUGCUUGAUCAGGGUUUCCAGGAUGAAGUUGAGUACACCGACCUGUUCGAAUAUCCGGAAGAACUGCUAAGUGUUGGAGCAUUUACAUGUAUUUGCCCCGUAUUGGUAUCUUCAGAUGAGUUACCAAAAGUGGAUAAUAAUAUAAUCGAUCGUAAAUGUAUUUGUAUUGUAGAAGGAGUAGCAAAAUCUGUCGUGGUUUUCGGCUUUGUAAAAGGAAAACUCUCAGUAGAAAACGUUAAUGGGUUGGCAGAUUCUAAGAAAGAUGCGCUUGAUUCGAGGUCGUUUGAGUCUUUUGACAGUUCAACGUUUGAUGGGAGAAGCCUUUCAAGUACUUCAGAUUCUUUCAGUGAAAGUGAACUGAUAUAUUCUUUUAAUGUCGUGGCAUACUCUCGUGGAGAUUUAGUCAGGGAUCUGAUUUUAAUGAUAGGGUGUACAAAAAAAACGAUGAAGUGUUUAGGAGCCGUGCCGGUUCGGCAAAUUGGUGCGUUUUUCAAGCAAUCUGCAUUCAAAGGUUUUAGUCCUGAAGGGCUUCCCACAGUAAUUAAUGUGCGAUUUGAUAAAAUGGAUCGUCUCUACUCUACAUUUUGGGUCGUUAACGCAAAAACAUUUUCCACAGUGGAACAGGUUUUGAAAGGAAGCGCAAAGAGGUUAUCUCGUUGCCCGAAUUUAACGGUUACUGGAGAAGGUUUAGCAGAAAGUGUUCCUUGCGUCGUUCGAACUAGAACGGAUUCUCCUUUCAAAGAAUUUUACAGGGCUGUACCAAUUCGCUUUGACAGCUCAAGUAAGAGGUUUUCAAUUUUUUUGGUAGACUUUGGUUGGUUUAAAUGGGUUGUGGCCAACGAUGUGUACGAUAUAUCUAUUUUAGAUGAGGUUGAUCCUGUCCGAAACCUCCCGGUUGCCCUUAUCCACUGUAGAGAAGUUGAAGAAGGAUCUUUACAUGCUAAAGAUUUGACGAAAGGAAGGGAGUGUAGGAUGGUUAUUAAGGAGCGAGAUUCGAAAAAUAUAUGUUCUGUCUCUUUGUACGAUGUUUCAGAAAAGCCGGUUUUAGCCGGAAAUUCUUUCAGCUUGCAUAAUGAUGAAAUUGUAGCAAGGGACGAAGAAGAAAAGCUGCCUUCAAAUGUAGCGGACUUAACAGAUAUUUCUUCGUGUAGAAAACUGAUCAACGACGUAUGCGUGCAACAGCUAAAGGUUUCUCUUAUGAUGGAAACGCUCUCUACAUGUCCAACAAAUUAUAAUCAGUCUUGGGCAGGGCCCGGGUUGUACCCCUCUACUCCGGUGCUGCCUACGUUUAUGCCUGUUGUGCCAAUGCCUCUUAUAAUGCCACUCCAAAGUAGUGUUACUGGGAAAAAAGGAGUUAUGCAUUCUGGAGGUAAUGCAGAAAGCGGCGACCUCUCUACUUUCUGUGAGGAUAAGAAUCAAACGUCUUGGAGUUACAGACAGAACGAAUCAAAAAAGUCGUGGGAGUUUAACGAAGGCUGCUCGUAUAAUACGGCUUCUUUAAAACGGCAUAAACCCGGAUUUAGUCCAGGUCAAAAAAAUAAUCACAGUAUUUACAACCAUGAUAGGAACCAAGGCAGAUAUGUCCCAAAUAGUUCUGUUCGUCAAGAAAGAGAAGGGACAGAUGUACGAGUUCCUUAUGACGGUAACGGCUUGACAGUAAUCGAGUUUCUUUCGAAAUUAAUUCACGCGGAUGGCGAAAAAGGAUCAAGAUGGGACAGAAUAUCUAAAAGGGGCCCGGUUCAACAUCAAAACGACAGAAAAGGUAUCGGAAUCAAAUAA